AUGGAGGUGGCUGACGGAGGUACUGUCAAGAUGGCUGACCUCGUGUGGAUCACCGUUGUCGUUGCGAAAACCACCCAGGUUAUAGCAGCGGUGGUAGUCGACGGGCCCAAGGCUCCUACGUACUCUUUGCUGCUGGGAAAGCAUUGGAUGAAGAACGUAGCCCUGAUCGGGUACUCUGAAAAGGAUGAAUACACCAUUCGAACGGAUGCCUCGCUCCGGGUUCCGGUUCCGAAAACUGGGGAUCCAUCGAGACCUCACCUUCCUCGACCAUUGAAGGUUCCUACCCAGGCCCAGCCUAGAUGGGUAGAAGCUGAGCAAUCAUGUAUGGUCAAACGAGCUUUCUUGUCAUCCACCUCUGAGGAUGAAUCUGACUCUUCGACAUCUGAUUAUCACGUUGGAUCUCUGGACCAACUUCGGCGGCACACCACCGACUCGGAUGCUGAAACCGAGUCGGAAAUCUAG